AAAGCUGUAGGUUAUUUUGCUUAAAAAAAUAUUAUAAGAAUAAAUAAAAAAUUAACAAAACUAAAAAGUGUUUAAAAAACUAUACGCGACAACAAGACCACACGUCUUAAUCGGAAAAAGUUGUAAAAGCGCCGUUAGACAAUGCUUGAAUUCUAUCCAAUGCCCACAAACUUAAGUCGUGGCGCUGGUUUCUACUCGCAUCAUCAUCAAAAUCAUGGCGGUACGCGUACAUUUAAUAAUGCCACCAAUUCGGUUGGGGCUGUAGCAGGGCAGACAAUUAACGCGACGGGCUUGAAUAGUAGCAAUUGUGGACAGCAACAGCAACAGCAACAGCAAUAUCAGCAACAACAUCUACAACUCCAGCAGCAACAGCAACAGCAACAGCAACUUAAUCUACAUCAACAAAAGCAAUUGACUGCCUCCCCAACGCAUGCUACAUGCGCCCCACUGAAUCGUAGCAAUAGCAACACACCUACAACAGCUGCCACCGCUGCGUCAGCCACUACAACUCUAUCCGCAUCCGCCGUGUCCGCCAACUCAACAACGUGCGAGUCAUCAUCAUUAACAGCUUUCAACGUAAUAGCCGCAAGCGAAAAGGCCAACGUGGUCGCCCCUGAAGUCAAUUCCAGUGCAACACUUGCAAUCUCAUUACCCGCGUGCCCCUCCGCCGUCGGCUCCGUUGGCUCCGCCGUCACAUCCUCCUCCACUUCCUCCACCACCGCUGCACAUAUUUUAAUGAUACCCACUUCAAUAUCAACAUCGUGUUCGUCGUCACCUUCUUCUUCGUCAUCAUCAUUAAUGGCGGUGUCAGCUUCUUUAACACCACCGUCGGCGAUGACGGUAACGUCGGCGACGUCGGCAAUGCCAGCGUCUGAGCUAACAACUGGCUGUAAUGGACGAACAGAAGUUGGACAAGUCAAAUGCGAAAAGAAUUACGAAAUAUGCGAAGGUUGCGGGCAAAAAAUUCACGAUCGCUAUUUGAUGAAUGUCGGUGAAUCCAAUUGGCACGAACACUGUUUGUCGUGUUGUUAUUGUGGCAUACAGUUAUUCAAUACCUGCUACGUGCGCAAUUCAAAGCUUUACUGCAAACUCGAUUACGAUCGAUUAUUCAGCAUCAAAUGCACCGGCUGCUGUCACCCGAUUCUGCCUCACGAAAUGGUCAUGCGACCGAUACCGUCAUUCAUUUUCCACCUGCCUUGUUUCAUCUGCUACAUCUGUCGACUGCCCCUGCAGAAGGGCGAACAAUUUCUGCUACGCGAUGGUCAACUAUUCUGCUGUCGGCACGAUCUGGAGAAAGAGCUUUAUUUGGCAACAGCACAACAUUGUGGUUUUGUUGGAUUGGACGACGAUGAUUUGAUGCGUCCACGUGAUGGGCGACGCGGCCCGAAGAGGCCACGUACAAUACUGACGUCGCAGCAGCGUAAACAAUUCAAAGCUUCAUUCGAUCAAUCGCCCAAACCCUGUCGAAAGGUGAGAGAGGCACUGGCGAAGGACACGGGUUUGUCGGUGCGCGUCGUGCAGGUGUGGUUUCAAAACCAACGCGCCAAAAUGAAGAAGAUACAACGUAAAGCGAAAAAUGGUGGUGGUGGUGGUGGUGGCAAUGGCGGCGGCGUGAAUGCACGCAGUGGCGAUGAGAAGGACAUUGGUAAGGAUGAUAAGGACAUAAAGCAGGAAUGUGGUCUAACCGGUGUGGAGAGUGCUUAUUUGAGUUUGGGCGAUAGCGGUUUCGGCAGUCAGCCGCUAAAUCCCAAUCUGCCAUUCUCUCCCGAUGAUUACCCGCACAACUCCAAUGAUAGUUUCUGUAGUUCCGACUUGUCUCUGGACGGCAGUAAUUUCGAUCAGCUAGACGAUGAUGCUGAUUCCUUAUCGCUGAAUAAUCUGGAGCUACAGUCCACAGGCUCAUCGGGUAAUCAGCAUUCGAAUCCGCACGAUAUGAUUGCCAAUCUCAGCACGAGUCUUGUCAAUCCGAUUGACAAACUGUAUUUGAUGCAGAAUUCUUACUUUAAUGUCGAGCAAUAAGCCGUUUGGCGGGGCUAUGUGGAGUAGAGGAUACGAAUUUAUUAGUUUUAAGAGGUCCAGCAGUGGUGGACAGGUUGAUGUGAUGUGGGUCGUUCGUAUGUACAUACAUACAUACACCAUGCAUAUGUACAUACGCACAAAAGUAUGCAAUGAAUUGCGGCCCAAGUAGGAAUACGAGUGGAAGCGCGUAGAGCGCGCCAGUUUCUCGCGUGAAGAGAUAAAGUAUUGUAACAAGAACAAGAAUUGUGAAUGAAUAUGAGGCAAUUAAUUAUUUAUAUGUACUAUAUACAUACAUACACACAUGCAUAUAUACCUACAUACAUAAGUAUUUAAGUUAAUACUACCCAAGAAACCAAAUUAAUUAGGCAGAUUCUGGCAUGUUGCAUACACCUGUAGUAACAACAUUUGUGAUUUAAAAUUUA